AUGGCCGCGCCUGCACAGCGGAACAUGCUCGCAGCUCUACGCUCAUCCACCCGCACACCUUCGCCCCGCCUCGCGCGCCCCUUCUCGUCCUCUCUCGCCGCGUCCUCGCACGUCGGGUCCAACCCCAUCCCUCUCCCGCCCGCCGUCUCGUUCGAGGCGCCGCCCCAGCUCGCAGACCUCUCCGCGCACUCCACUUCGAGCCCGCCCUCUGCACGCGUCCGCGGACCCAAGGGCGAGCUCCUCGUGCCCAUACACCCUUUCGUCCGCCUCUCGUCGACCGCGGCACCCUCUUCGUCCGGCUCUGCAGCACCACCCGCCGGCACGCUCACCGUCAGCGUCGACGACGCCAAGGUCAAGCACCAGCGGGCGAUUUGGGGACUCACGCGCGCCCUUCUCGCCAACGCGGUCAAGGGGGUUUCCGAGGGGUACACUCUGCCGUUGCGGCUCGUCGGCGUUGGGUACCGCGCAACCGUCGAAGACGUGCCGAAUCCGCUUCCUGGGCGAUCUCGGCAACGCCUGAACCUCAAGCUCGGCUACUCGCAUCCCGUCCUCAUCGACCUCCCGCUCGACAUCUCGGCCGCGACUCCUGCCCCUACCUCCAUCCUCCUUACUGGCAUCGACAAGCAGCGUGUCGGGCAGCUCGCCGCCAAGAUCCGCAAGUGGAGGGUUCCCGAGCCGUACAAUGGCAAGGGCAUCUUUGUCGGCGACGAACAGGUUCGUAGGAAGGAGGUGAAGAAGAAGUAG